AUGGGUCACGUCACCGCAUACAGCAGCAGCACGGUAACUGUACAGUCACACCGAGCCGAGCUUGUGCCUGUACGACAUCUUACCGAUAAAGGCAAAGCCUCCGAUGUCUUCCAUAUCGACUGCUCACCAACCGCCUCAUAUUUGGCAACCAAGCAUUCCAACAAUACCGUUAAGAUUUGGGCAAUUGCGAAGAACACGGUCCAUAGCACGAUCAAGAUCAAAUCGUACGUGCCGGCGCAGCCCCGUUCAAGAGAGUACUUUGUCCGGAGCCAUUCGAUUCUAUCCGAAGGCCCCACGUCUCCAUGCUUCAUAGGCAUUACUACGCAUUUCGGGUUGGAUCUCGAGAUCUACAACUUCACCAAAAGGGGAUCCGGAAAGAAGGUGCAGGUUAUCAAAGAAGCGCACCGCUGGGCUGCCAGCCACAAGCUCGACAACAGUUACGCCCCGUUUGUGGUAUAUCGGCCCGGCGCUGACCGGAUCGAUCGGUACUUCCUAUCACGUACCCCGAGUGCAAAGAAGCCCUUCUGGGAAGACGCAAGCAGCUGCCUCGAUUUGACAAGAGCUGAUCUGCCCUUUCUUCCCAAGUACCCAGAGCUAGCCUUCUCCAACGACGCACCCUUCCUGAUAGCCGCUGCGGGCCCCCGGCCAGGUGAUCCGCCCAGAGACAUCAACAAAUCCAACAUCCUCCUCGUGGCCUGGCAUCUAACUCCAGUCAACGAAGCCAAGCUCGCAGCCCGAAGCCCCGUGAACAGCGUGCAUUCGCACAUCCAAGAGUCGGGCGAUCACAAACGGCACAAACCCUACCGUUUCGUUGCGCCCGCUUAUACGCAACUGCAGACCGCCCUCCCUUCGGUCCUCGUCUCUCACGGCAGCGUGACUGUCUCUAUAUGGAUCCCCGCCAGCCACGUCAACAUCCCGCUUCCCGGCGGCAAGUUUCGGCAAACGCGUGUCCCCACGCCCGAGCGCUUCGUCCUGGUGUGGGACAUGCCCACCAGCACGACCAAACUGAUCCCAAUUCCCAAUGUGCAAGCGUGCGUGUCGCCUGACUGUCGGCUCGUGGCUUACUGCGAUCCGGAGAUGCAGAAGUUUGUUAUCCUGGACGUGACGAUGACGACGGCGGCGGCCGGCGAGGAGGAGGUGUGGAAAUGGCCGGAUGCGGCCAAGGUGAGCGGGUUUGCGAGUUUUGGGCAGUUUGAGGCUAUCAAGAAGAUCACGGUGUUUGAGUUUAGUCCGGAUGGGAAGUGGUUGAUUGUGGGCGAUGCGAGUGGGGCGUUGGGUGUGUAUGAGGUUAGGGAGGCUGGGACGAGGUUUGAGUUGUUGGAUCAGAGCUCGUUGCAGGGGGUUUCGGAGCUUAGAGGGACCGGGGGUAUUCCGAGAGGGAAUGUUGCGGAGUUGAUGUAG